CGAAACCGACAGUCGUUUUGUUUUGUCGUCUCACACCGACAGACUUGUUUCCCUUAAAUACGUGACCUCCGACUAAGAUCUUGGCCCAACGAUCACAGGGAUCUUCAAGAUGGGCAAGGAGAAGGUGCACAUAAACAUCGUGGUAAUAGGCCACGUAGAUUCCGGAAAAUCUACGACAACGGGUCACCUGAUUUACAAGUGCGGAGGUAUCGACAAGCGGACAAUUGAGAAAUUCGAGAAGGAAGCGCAGGAGAUGGGUAAGGGAUCCUUCAAGUACGCCUGGGUCCUGGACAAGUUAAAGGCCGAGCGGGAGAGAGGAAUCACUAUCGAUAUUGCCAUGUGGAAAUUCGAGACCUCCAAGUACUACAUUACGAUUAUCGAUGCACCUGGGCACAGGGACUUCAUCAAGAACAUGAUAACAGGGACUUCCCAGGCAGAUUGCGCCGUUCUCAUUGUCGCUGCGGGGAUCGGGGAGUUUGAGGCGGGAAUUUCAAAAAAUGGGCAGACACGAGAGCAUGCGCUUCUCGCGUUUACUUUAGGGGUGAAGCAGCUGAUUGUUGGGGUUAACAAGAUGGAUAUGACCGAUCCACCGUAUUCGGAGACUAGAUUCGAGGAGAUAAAAAAGGAAGUCUCGUCGUACAUCAAGAAGAUCGGCUACAAUCCGAAUUCGGUGGCAUUCGUACCCAUAUCCGGAUGGUAUGGUGACAACAUGUUGGAGUGUUCACCCAAGACUUCUUGGUACAAAGGUUGGAAGGUAGCGAGAAAAGACGGCAACGGGGAGGGAAAAACUCUUAUCGAAGCACUCGAUGCUAUCCUCCCACCGUCUAGACCCACUGAUAAGGCCUUGAGAUUGCCUCUUCAGGAUGUCUACAAGAUCGGGGGGAUAGGCACGGUACCUGUUGGUCGAGUGGAAACGGGAAUAUUGAAACCAGGGAUGCUCGUGACAUUCGCUCCAGUAGCUCUGACUACCGAAGUGAAAUCCGUAGAGAUGCAUCACGAGGCCCUAACGGAGGCCGUCCCCGGGGACAACGUCGGCUUCAACGUGAAAAAUAUAUCUGUGAAAGAACUCCGUCGGGGAUACGUCGCUGGAGACUCGAAGAAUCAGCCUCCAAGAGGCGCCCAAGAUUUCACCGCUCAAGUGAUCGUCCUGAGUCAUCCUGGACAGAUCAGCAAUGGUUACACACCAGUGCUGGACUGUCACACCGCUCACAUCGCCUGCAAAUUCGCGGAGAUCAAGGAAAAGUGCGAUCGUAGGACCGGAAAAACCACUGAGGAAAAUCCCAAGAGCGUCAAGAGUGGAGACGCUGCUAUCGUCGUGCUGCAGCCGACGAAACCGAUGUGCGUCGAGGCUUUUCAGGAAUUUCCACCCCUCGGACGAUUUGCUGUGCGCGAUAUGCGUCAGACCGUUGCUGUGGGUGUCAUCAAGAGUGUAAACUUCAAGGACACCCAGGGAAAAGUAACAAAAGCAGCAGAGAAGGCUCAGAAGAAGAAGUAACCAUCAAGCUUCCUCGGAAGCCACCGGCAGAUAAUCAUAAAUCUCUCAAUCCUAAAUCCCAACGAGCGUUUAAAAAUUGCCGAUAAACUCCUAUCCCUAACAACCAACGAUAAUCAACAAUUAUCGUACUCGAUGUUGCCCCUGAAUUACCCAGUAGUACUAAAUCCCCGUAUUUACCCGAAUUUACACAUACAAUUUACUCAUGCACCUAGAACACCACCCAUAUGCUAGGGAUGAUUUCCCCUCUCAUCGCAAUUGAAUUUUAGAUGAGGAAAAGUCAAUCAAGAAUUGCUUUAUCGACCUCAACUGAAUUAUCAUUUAUUUGACAAUGCCAAAAAUUCUCUGUUCGAUUUUUGCUCGGAAAAAUCGACUAGAGUGUCAAAUAAUUUGACGCAUUGGAAAAUAAUUGAUUGUACGAGAGAUAUUUAUUUCCUCAUGUUGACUAAGCCAAUUGGACUUUCAAUUUUUAAUCUGGAGACUAGACUGCACUCGAGGACGAGAGACUGAUGACAAGAGCUGAUGACAGGAUUUUCGUCUAGUUGUUAUUGCGUUCUUGUGUAUUUAAUUUUCACUGUUAUUACUAUUAAUACCGGAUAUUUACUUGGAAUGACUAUUCGUGUGGUAUUGCCAAUCAAUUUCUGCGAUUGUUUUCAUUACAAUUUUUUUAUAAUCCCUUUAGUGAAAUAAAGACUUUUUGUUGC